AAGUACUGUAUCAGUAUUUGGAGCGCCUCACUAAACAGUAGUAAUUAUCUGUGAGGUCAGCUUCCCUCUCACAUGCCAUCUGAAUCACAGGUUCCGAUCGUGUAUUGCCCUUUGAUGGUACGCAACCAAUCUUAUAAAACAUCAGCCUUGUGACUUGUCGCUCCCUGCUGGCAUUUCUGCUAUGGGACAUAUCAUGUGCUCACAAAGAAGACACGCGUAUUUUUGGUGAACAGCUUAUCUGAGGACCUACCUACGAGGAUCGUACAUAUAUCACAACCCAAGUGGUUUAUCUGUGCUAUCUCCCUCCCCCUCAGUCACAAUAAUGGCUACACUGGUGUCCUUUAAAGAGAAAAUCAAAGGCGUAGGGGGCGACGCCUCGUACGAGGCAAAGGCUCAUGUCCUACGUGAACAGCUUGAAGCCAAGAUUCCAGCGAGUCUCAGACUCCCGCCAGCUAUUCUUGAGGACCCACCUCUUGAUGUCACUCGCAUCCCUGAGACAUGUGGUUUGCUCACUCCCCAAGAGUUGGCAAUCACUGAGCUAGAUGCAACCGCCGUGUGCCAAAAGAUUGCUGCAGGCGAGCUGACAGCAGUCGAGGCUGUGACUGCCUUUGGAAAGCGUGCAGCUAUCGCUCAUCAGCUCACAGCUUGUCUUAUGGAUUUCUUCCUCGAUGACGGCAUAAAACAGGCGCAGCAGCUGGACGACUAUUUCCGUAAAGAAGGCAAGGUCAUUGGGCCUCUGCAUGGAUUGCCAAUUUCAGUCAAAAGCCAGUGCCGCCUCAAGGGGACAAUUGGGUGCGGGGGCUUCUUCGUGAAUAUUGAGACUUCGACGGAAGACUGCGAUAUGACAAGCAUUCUGCGUUCAUUAGGCGCAGUCUUUUAUGUCAAGACUAAUCAGCCGCAGUCUCUGAUGCACCUCGAGUCUCAGUCUACGUACGGUCGAGUGUUGAAUCCCCACAAUACGAGCCUUACUCCGGGAGGAUCUUCUGGUGGUGAAUCAGCCCUUGUCGCCAUGAAGGGCUCUUGCAUGGGUCUCGGCACUGAUGGUGGGGGAUCCAUUCGAGCACCAGCUGCCCAUUGUGGUAUAUAUGGGAUCCGUCCGUCCUCUCGGACAACGCCCACCCAUGGAAUUCUGCGACCUCAUCAUGGCCAGGACGGGGUCCAUGCUUCCACAGGCCCAAUAUGUCGCUCAGCACGAGACAUGCGGCUCUUCCUCGAAGCUGUUCUUAGCGCCAAUCCUGCACUCCGAGACCCAGACGUAUUGCCCGUUCCACUGAAAGUACCAGACUUAACUCAGAAGAAACUGCGCGUAGGAAUUAUGAUGCACGACGGGGUUGUGAUGCCCCAUCCUCCAACUAUCCGAGCACUGAAAUUGGUGAAGGCAAAGCUUCAGGCGUCCAUCAGAGGUCGAGGUGGUGGACUACAUCCCAUACGACCACGACCGCGGAUACAACAUAGUUGUGACGCGAGCUCUACUACGAGGAUGGGGGUGCCACAGUCCGACGUCUUCCUACAGGAGGGUGGAGAAGAUAUGCAUCCGCUGACAGAAUGGGUAAUCGGUCCGCCGCACGUGAAGGAUCAUGAUGCCGCGCAAGUUUGGAAGCUACGCGAUCAACGUGAUAUCUUCCGGCGGGAGUAUUCUGAUCACUGGUGGUCCCAAAACGUCGAUGUUGUCAUAUGCCCACCCUUCCAAGGUACGGCCAGCUGCCACGACACCGCGAAGUACUGGGGCUACACGGCCAUCUGGAAUUUGCUGGACUAUCCAGGGGCAGUCUUCCCGACAGGUCUCAUCGCUGACCCAGGCGUUGACAUGUAUCAGGAGCCACCCAUCCCGAUGAGUGCGGCAGAUGAGUACAACAUCUCCCUUUAUGAUGCAGCGAUAUUCAAAGGGGCCCCGGUGUCGCUACAGACCGUCAGCCGCAGAUUUAACGACGGUUUGGUGCUUGCGGCACAGGAUGUAAUUGAACGCAUCCUCAAGUCUUAG